GGGGUCUUGCUGGUAUUCUGCGAUGUAUUUGACAGGAAGAAGUAGCGACUGAAAAAACAAGGAGCUCAUUUCGGGAGGUUAACUUGACAUAAAAUAACACCUGUAAUGUAACGCCGUUGAAUCACAAGUUGAGGAAGGAUAUGCCUUAAUGUAUUUCAUACCUGAGGCCAGCAUUAGGGAGACUUCUCGUCCGUACGUCAUCCAGAUGAGGCAUGCUGGAAGCAUGCAGCCCAUGCGUAGAAGAGAUGCUGGAGUCUGGCACCAAACAAGAAGUCUUCUCUACAAGAAUCUGCUUAUCAAAUGGAGGACCAAACAACAGAGUCUUCAGGAAUUGAUCUUACCUCUGCUACUGUUGGGUCUCCUGAUACUCAUCAGUACCCUCAAUCCUCAUGUUUACUAUGGAGGCAUCAGCACUAUGGAGCUGGAGCGGGAUGAACACUUCUUCAAGGGCCUGGGCUACACACCAAUCACUAACAUCACCAACCACAUCAUGGAAGAGGUGGCCCAGGAGAUGCACAUGCAGGAUCGUUUGGAGAUGUUUGCCAGUGAAGAGGACCUGGAGAACGCCAGCCUGUAUGAGCCUUCCAGCUAUGUGGGUGUUGUCUUCAUGGACAGCUCUGCCACAUCAUACAGACUACGCUUCCCAUACAACCAGCUGCCCCUGCCCAGCGAUUACACAGAAUCUAUUGCCAACUGUUUUACCAGCUCCGUGAACUGCAGAGCAGCUAAUUACUGGUACUCUGGUUUCAUUCGUCUCCAGUCUCUGAUCGAUGCAGCCAUCAUCCAGAUGCAGACGAAGCGCUCAGUUUGGAGUGAGAUGGACCUUAAGGUUGUAAUGAUGGGUCAGCCAGGUUCUGUGGAGGUGCAGAAAUUCCCCCACGCCCUCAUCUCCAUAUACCUGGUCCUGGCCUUUACACCCUUCGUCACCUUCCUCAUUGUCAAUGUGGCAGCUGAGAAGGAACACCGUCUGAAAGACACCAUGACCAUGAUGGGACUCUAUGACACUGCCUUCUGGCUGUCAUGGGGCCUUCUGUAUGCUGCUCUGGUGACCACAAUGUCCAUCCUGAUGUCCAUCAUUGCUACGUACACGGCGCUGUUCCCUAACAGUGACUUCUUUGUCAUUUUCUUCCUCAUCUUCCUCUAUGGAAUAUCAUCUAUCUUUUUCUCCUUCAUGCUGACUCCGUUAUUUAAGAAGCCCAAGUUUGCCAGCACAGUGGGCUCCAUGUUGACAGUGGUGUUUGGCUGCCUGUCGCUUUUCACCGUGCUGAUGAAAGACUUCCCACAACCGUUGGUCUGGGUCCUCUGCCUGCUCUCUCCCAGCGCCUUCUCAAUUGGGAUUGCACAGGUGGUUUACCUGGAGGCUCAGGGAGAUGGAGCUGUGUUUUCUUCCUUGGCCAACGGCCCUCAUCCUCUUUACGUGCCCCUGAUCAUGCUGGUUCUGGACUGCAUCCUUUACCUUUUGUUGGCUGUUUACCUGGACCAAGUACUGCCUGGUGAGUUUGGAAUGAGGAGGUCCUUGGUGUACUUUCUUAAACCAUCCUAUUGGUCCAAACGCACAAAGCACUACGUUGAAGUGAGCUCAGUAUAUGACACAGAGGUGAACGGCACUCCUGGUGGGGACGAGUCCGUCGAGCCUGUUUCACCUGAGUUCAGAGGGAAAGAAGCCAUUCGAUCAAUCAACAUCCGGAAAGUGUAUAAAGAGAAGGACAACAUGGUGGAGGCUCUGAGAGGUUUAACAUUUGACAUUUAUGAAGGCCAGAUAACGGCUCUGCUGGGACACAGCGGGGCUGGAAAGUCCACUCUCAUGAACAUCCUUUGUGGCAUCUGUCCACCCACCAAUGGCUCAGCCACCAUCUAUGGCUCCCCUGUAGCUGAGAUUGCAGAUGGGUCAGAGAUGAAGCAGCUGGUGGGAAUCUGUCCUCAGUUCAACAUCAUCUUUGAUGUGCUGACUGUGGAGGAGCACCUGAAGAUAUUUGCAGCCAUCAAAGGGAUCCCACCAGCAGACAUUGACGCAGAGGUUACCAAAGUGCUGAAGGAUCUGGACUUGGAAAAGAUUAUGACUGCUCAGGCCAAGAAUCUGAGUGGAGGCCAAAAGAGGAAGCUGUCUGUGGGCAUUGCCAUUCUAGGAGAUCCCAAGAUCCUGCUCUUGGACGAGCCCACAGCAGGCAUGGACCCAUGCUCCAGGCACCAGGUCUGGUCGCUGCUGAAGAGCCGCAGAGCUGGUAGAGUCACUGUCCUCAGCACACACUACAUGGAUGAGGCUGACAUUCUCGCUGAUCGCAAAGCUGUGAUCUCUCAAGGACAACUGAAAUGUGUUGGCUCUUCACUGUAUCUCAAGAUCAAGUGCGGUGUUGGAUAUCAUCUCAGAAUGUCUACUAAUGAGCAAUGUGAAGCUGAAAAGAUCACAUCAUUGGUCAAGCAGCACGUUCCCAAGGCAAAGUUGUCUCGGCAACACGAAGCAGAGUUGACUUUCACUCUGCCUUUUGAGAGCAUGGACACAUUUGCAGGCUUGUUCUCGGAGCUUGACUGUCAACCUAAUCUAGGAAUUAUCAACUAUGGGGUUUCCAUGACAACACUGGAAGAUGUUUUUCUACGUUUGGAGGCGGAGGCUGAAGUGGACCAAGCAGACUACAGCGUGUUUAAUCGGGAGCAGCCAGAGGAUGAAUGUGACAAUGCCUCUCUGGAUGAUACAGACCAGCGGCUGCUCACGUUCUCAGACAACAAGUCCGAUGUUGUGUCAGGUCAUGCUCUGUGGCGACAGCAGUUCAGCACUGUGGCUUGGCUGCACAUGCUCAACAUGCGCAGAGAGAGGAAGGCCUUUGUUUACACCCUGGCUUUGUUCCUGGUGUUUGUUGCUGCAGUGCUCGUCCUGUCACUGGCCACUGGGAACAUCCAGAUUCACUCACCUGACCGUCAGUUUCUGCCCAUUUACCUCCUCAAAAGGAACCAGGCACCCCGGAGAUACACCACUAGCCUUCUGGUUCAGAACUCCUCAGGCUCUGAUAUUUCUGACUUUAUCCACAACCUGGAGUCUCAGGACAUCAAAGUGGAGAUGAUGAAACACAGUGACUACAUGGCCGCCGCUCCCCACAGUGCCGCCAUCAACGUAACUGGAUCCAGCAAGGGUUUCAGAUACAGUGUUGCAUUCAACAGCACCACAGUCCACUCUUUGCCUAUGGCUGUCAAUGUACUGAGUAACGCUCUUCUAAGAGGCCUAAAUGGUACUGGACAUAUCCGAACCUGGACCAAACCAUUUGAUUAUCAAAUCCCAGAUGCUACAUCCUAUGCCCUGGUGUACAUAGAGGCCAUCAUACUGGGAAUGCUAGCAGCUGGAAUGCCUGCAUAUUUCGCAAUGGACCACACACGAGACAGAGAGAUCAAGUGUCGCUCUACACUGCGAAUCUCUGGUCUGGUACCAUCGGCCUACUGGUGUGGCCAGGCAGCGGUGGACAUCCCCUUCUACUACCUCAUCCUGUCCUGUAUGACCAUCAUCCUCUUCUCCUUCCACACUGGAAACCUGCUCACCUCCAGCAACCUUACCUCUGUGGUUUUAUGUACUGUUGGCUUCGGUCCAGCUAUGAUCCUCUUCACCUAUGUGUUUUCCUUUGGCUUUGCCCGAGUCCAGAGCAACAGGGAUUUCUUCUCUGUCAUCUCCAUGAUGGUGUGUGUGGUAUCGGCCUCGCUGGUUCAGCUGUCAUUUGUGAAUGACAACCCUGGACUGACCAGAAACCUACACAACCUCUUGUGUUUCUUCAACCCUCUGUACCCUCUUAUGGGCUGCCUCAACUGUAUCACCAAGGCGACCUUCCUCCCCUCUCACUAUGAGGAGAAUUUCUUGUGGAAGAACCUGCUUAUUGCAGUUGUAGCUCCCUAUCUCCAGUGCAUCCUGCUGCUUUUCCUGCUUCGUUGGCUGGAGAUCCAUUACGGAGGGAGGACAAUGAAAAAUGAUCAGUUCUGCAGGAUCUCAUCCAAGUCAAAGCCCAAAGUUGAGAAGAACCCAGAAGAAGGGUUGAACGAGGAUGAGGAUGUACAGAUGGAGAAGGCCAGGGUGAAAGAGGCUCUCACCUGCCAGUCUUGUGAGGAGAAACCAGUCGUGGUGGUGAGUAACCUGAGGAAGCAGUACAAGGGCAGAAGAGAAGGAUUUUCUCUCAACAAGAGGAGGAAAGUGGCCACGAAGAACAUCUCUUUUUGUGUACGCAAAGGUGAGGUUCUUGGACUGUUGGGCCCCAAUGGAGCAGGAAAGAGCACCGUCAUGCAUAUGCUGUCAGGUGAUACUGAUCCCACUGCAGGCCAGGUGCUAAUGGGGGACUACAGUACAGAGUUUAAUCCUGUGGACAACCCCCUGGAGCAUGUGGGUUAUUGUCCACAGGUGAACCCUCUGUGGCCCAGGAUCACUCUGCAGGAGCACCUGGAGAUCUACGCAGCCAUAAAGGGGCUGAGAGGACACGAAGUACCAGGGAUCAUAAAACGAGUGGUGAAUGCUCUGGAGCUGAAGGACCACUUAAACAAGCAGGCCAAGAGCCUGUCAGCAGGACUCAAGAGGAAGUUGUGCUUUGCCUUGAGUAUGAUCGGGAAUCCUCAGAUCGUCUUGCUGGAUGAGCCAUCUUCAGGGAUGGACCCUAAGUCUAAGCAGCGCAUGUGGAGAGCUAUACGGGCUGCUUUCAAGAAUCGUCAGCGGGGAGCCAUCCUCACCACACACUACAUGGAGGAGGCCGAGGCCGUCUGUGACCGCGUAGCUAUCAUGGUUUCUGGCCAGCUGAGGUGUAUUGGCUCUAUCCAACAUUUAAAAGGGAAAUACGGCCGAGGUUACAGUUUGGAGGUGAAACUCAGAGAGGAGCUGACGGGGCUUCAGCAGGUGGCGCUGUUACACAAAGAGAUCCUUCGAAUCUUCCCUCAUGCUGCCCGACAGGAGAGCUUUGCUACUCUGAUGGUUUACAAGAUCCCUAUGGAGGAUGUCAAAUCACUGGCCAAGUCUUUCGCACAGUUAGAGAGCGCCAAGCAAAUCUUCAACUUUGAAGAGUACAACUUCUCCCAGUCGACCUUAGAGCAGGUGUUCAUGGAGUUUGCCAAGGAGCAGGAGAACGAGGAGGAUGAGGUGGGCUCCCUCAGCACGACUUUCCAGUGGCAGCGGCUGCGCCAGGACGGCUCUGUUUCGGUCAACAACACAGACAGCAUCGUGCACCAGCUUUGAACUCCACCUCAGAGGGAGCAGGCUGGUGACUGACCAGGACUGACCAAUCCCAACCUGCCAGGCUUCAGUGCCUGAGAGCUCACGCCAGCACUUUGCCCCGCUCCACGCAAAACCGACGCCCACCGCCCUUAAAUGACGGGGACAGACCCGGGUGGGGGCUCACAUACACUGGGACUGACUGUGUGUGUAUUUGGGCUCGGGGCUGUUACGGCUCCUUUCUGUGGGUCUGAGGAGUGCAUGUGUGUAACCCUCGUCCACUGGUGCUCCGUGUUUUCUGAAUCGCACUGACCGAGGGGCCUGCAGUUUUUCUCGACACGCUGAUGCGACACCUACUCCUCUUUCUAAUGGUGUUUUUUAUCUUCACAGGGAGUGAGUAAAUGGAAAAAUAUAUAUAAUAUAUAAUAUUUAUGCUUUGUAAUCCUUUCCAUCCGUUCUCCUCUGUGGGAGGCAUUACAGUAAGUGUGUUUGCUCGUCUCUUCAGAUGUUUUUGUCUGUUGUUUGUGAAACUGUUUUUAAGCACUACCAGAAAUGGGAUCCAUCCACAACUGUACCAAAGCAGCACAUCUCUGAACCACACACUACCACACCUCCUCACACAUUGACACUGAGAAGUACUUUUGUUUUUUGGUGUCAGUAGCAUGUGCAUAAAUAGUUUGCAUAAUAGUUCUAUUGUUGAUUGUUGUGGGGCAGUGGAUUAAAUGCCUCUUUGCUAACUCACUGGAGAAGAGAUGUUACAGUUCUCCACAGAGUCUUUAGACCUUUACAAAGCCCCCUAAUUAACAAACAAGUAUUUUUUUUUUGGAGGUUGAAGAACAGAGUCCUUUCUCCUCAUUUUACACCACCAUGCAUGUCUUAACGUCCAGACCCACACUGAAACUCUACGUUCUCCAGGACUGAGUGUUUGUGCAUGCACACUCAAGUGGAGGUUGAUUACUUUUGAAAUGUGGCAGAUGGAUGUUGGGAUGAGGAUGGAUUUGGAUAGAUGAUUUUUGCCCCCGUGGCCUUCCUCUCUACAGGUUUAGCUUUGAACUAGCGCCCAUAGCUUGGGAAUGUAGUGUAGAAUAUGCACGCCAGUACAUGUAGCACACUGCCCUCGUCAGACGUUAACCAGGGCCAGCAACCUCAGACGUGGAGAGGUGAAGCUUGAGGUUGGGUUCAGAUCCAGAUGGGGCUUGUUGAAACGUUCUGCAUCUCUCAGCCAGGUUUUAUGACGACUUUUGAUAACAGAUUUUGAAUGUAUGUUUGGCUUCCAGUGAGAGGAGGGUUCGUAACUCUGCAGCGACGCUCUGUGGAGCUCCUGUCAUCAAUCUGUUUCACUUUGGUGCCACUUUUAAUCACGCAACUGUGUUUUAUCAACUAUCUAGCCUGUUUGGUGUGUGUGCGCGUGCGUAUGUGUGUGUUUACUGUGUUGUAUAUACUGUGUGUAGCUGCAGCUAUUUCUGCAUAAUCUCGUAUUUGUACACGCAGGUGCGUUGUUGGUGCAAUACCUAUCAGCAAACCGUUAAAUUGUAAUUUUUUUCAUGACAUUCAGGUGAGAGGAUGAUUUGGUUAAAGGGAAUUUAGGACACUUUGUUGAAAAGACGAGUUAUAAUGUGAUUUGUUGGAUGAUAUUUGUCUACCACUGCUGAGUGAAGGGGGUGGGCAAAAGGACAAGAACAGCUGACAAGCUAACAUGUCCCAGUGCAGCAACUACACAAACUCUGGCCUCAGAAGUCCACAAAAACUCAACACUGGAAGUGUUUGUUGCGGUUGGAUUUUAAUUUAGCUGUCAGGUGUGUGGCCCACCUCUGUAGGAUCAUUGGAGUUUUCCUUGAGGUUUAUCUACUUGUGAUAAAGCGGUUGUGGAGCAGAGGCUAAGUUUAUUUUAAAGACGGUCUAAAGUUUUUGAUAUUAAUAUUUGAAUAAAAUAUCCAGCAUGAGUUUAUUUUCCCUCCCAAACUCAUGUGUCUGCCUAUGAGAUUCAUGGCACAGAUAUUUUGUCGCGGUGGUAUUCCAUUCUUACACAGGGUGCGGUAGCUUCCAUUUUUCUGUAAGGGUUUUAUUUAGUUGUUUUUACCUGCUAUGCCAUCAUCCACUGAAGUUAACUAAGAGCUGAUUUACAAAGUAUCAGAAUUGUGUUUUGAAAGAUUUGUUAGGUGUUUGAAAAAAAUGAGUCUGACGCAGAUCUUCUUUCCAAACAUGCACUACAGACUACAUCACAUACACAUCAGAUAGACUUAUGCUUGAGGUUCUGUCCAUGCCUUGUUGGGCAAAUUAUGUCUUUUUAAAUGUGAAAACUUAAUUUAAAUCCUGUCGACAUUUUUUGCACUCAUGUAGCCUUGUUCCCUCCAAUAGGGGACAAAUGAAGACACUGGCUUUGCAUCAUGUUCGAUGUGUCUGGCGAGGAUGGAUGGGUCUUUGUGAUGUCAUUUAUACACUAGGUAUAUUUUAUGUUUGUUUUCUCAAGUGCAGUGAAGGAUUUGUCCUCACAGAAGCACACGUUCUGUAAAUUUUGCCGUUCCCCAACAUCCAUGUGCAUUCUGUGGGUCUGUCAGCUUCAGUAACGUGUAGCCAUCCAAAAAUCAUUGGCCUUUUGCACUUCUCUUCCCCCUGCUUCCAGAACAAAAAGCAUCACAUCCAGUUAGAAUUAUUUCACGAGAAGAAAACCAAAACAUACUUUGGCUCUGUGGAAAGCGGAGCAUUUAGGCGAUUGGCUUUGAAAGUGGAGCGGGUUUCAUUAUAUUUUCCUGGUGGUGGUAAAAUUGCACUAUUUCUGGGAAAUUUUAUAACCUUUCUUUAUAUUAUGCAAUCUUUGUAAGAUUAUCUGUGCACUGGUUUUAUUUUUUAAAGACUGUGGUUUAGCUGUGUGCUGUAUUUUCCUCCUGCAUCACCCCCAUGUCUGGAUGGACACUUGUCAUUAAUGAACUCUGCGGUCUCUACAUGACCUUUUCAUGAAUAAAUGUUAAUCCAAA